AUGACGGCGAAAAUCAUCGACAUCGAUAAGGGUUGGCAGUGGAAGGAACGCGAUCCCUCUAUCUCAUCUGUACUCGACGAGUCGGCGCGUGGCGGAUGGCAUAAUGCACACGCGUUUCCAUCCGAGAUACACGUCGAGCUUCUGAAGGCGAAGCUGAUACCUGACCCGUACGUAGAGUUCAACGAACACAAGGUCCAAUGGAUCGGUAUGAGAGAAUGGCUUUAUAUAACGUCAUUCUCCCUUGGAGAAGUCUUUGAACAUGCACAGCAUCUUGAAAUCGUAUUCGAGGGUCUUGAUACGUUCGCCGAUGUGUAUCUUAAUGGAGCAAACGUCUUAUCUUCGGAUAAUCAAUUUCGUACCUAUAGGUUGGACAUAGAAAAGAGCGCCUUGAGAGAACAGAACAUCCUGUUAUUGCACUUCAAGCCCGCAUAUUUGAUCGGCAAAACACUCGAAGAGGAAUUCGGACGCGUCCGCGCGGGAUCGUGUAACCUCGGUGAUCCAAGCCGCGUCUAUGUUCGAAAGGCACAAUACGACUGGCGGUGGGAUUGGGGCCCUGAACUCAUGACUGUGGGGCCGUACCGACCCAUUCGAUUGAUCGCACACACGACUCGUAUUCAAUUCAUUCACACUAAAGCUCUGGUCUCAUCCGACCUCGAGCCUUCGUUUUUGCUUGACCUCGUGCUGAAAGGACACACCUCCUUAGCUGACACCGCCCGCGUGACCAUCACGGACACGGUGUCGGGGGAUGUGAUUCGGUCAGAGAACGCUAGCCUUAUUUAUGCUGACGGCGGGGUGCCCAAUGGAACGAGCCUAUCGGAGGAUAUCGUGCAUUGGGUGUUUCAAAAAGACGAAGUGGCGCUUUGGUGGCCGGUCGGCUAUGGAAAGCAAGCACUGUAUCAGGUCGAAGUUGUUCUGUUAAACAACGGUGGAGACGUCCUCGACAUCAAAACGCAGAACAUCGGCUUCCGGCGCAUCAGGCUCAUACAGGAGUCCCUCCAGCACGCUGAUCAAUACGGUAAAGGGUCGACGUUCCUCUUUGAGGUCAACAACGUUCGAAUGUUCAUCGGUGGCUCCAACUGGAUUCCUGCUGAUAAUUUCCUCACCCAAAUAACAGCUGAACGGUAUCGGAGUUGGCUCACCCUUCUACGAGACGGCAAUCAGAACAUGGUUCGACUCUGGGGCGGCGGUGUGUAUGAGCCUGACGUCUUCUAUGAUAUCUGUGACGAGCUUGGCAUUCUCAUCUGGCAGGACUUCCAGUUUGCGUGUGGCAUAUACCCUGCACACGAGGGAUUUGUAGAAAACGUGCGCCAGGAAGCAGAAGAUAAUGUAUUGCGAUUACGCCACCACCCAUCCCUAGCUCUCUUCUGCGGCAACAACGAGGAUUAUCAGCAGAUUCUGCAAUGGAGGGUUGAGACAGAUCUUCCUGCCCGUAUACUCUACGAGACUGUCUUGCCGUCCGUUGUCGAGAGCCUUACUUGCCCGCAGGUGCCAUAUCAUCGGGGGUCGCCUUACGGCGGAAAGGGAUGGGAUACCUCUGAUCCUACCAUAGGUGAUGUACAUCAAUGGGAUGUGUGGGGCGGCAAAGAGUUGCUAUGGCAGAAAUAUGAUGAGAUGGGUGGUCGUUUUGUCAGCGAGUUCGGGAUGCCCAGUAUGCCUGCAUUGUCGACCAUCGACUACUGGAUGGGAUCUAUGCGUGACAAUCAGAAGGAACGAUACGCUCAAGCGCCUAUCAUGGGACAACAUUGUCGUGCAGGUCAGCACGAACGGCGGUUUGCUAUUCCUAUGAACGAGAGCUUCCGCUUGACAAGCGACCUCGAAACGCAUGUCUAUAACACACAGCUUAUGCAGUCAGAGGCUGUCAGCUAUGCUUAUCGUGUUUGGAGGAGGGAGUGGCGGGGGAAAGGAAAGGAAUACACUGGAGGCGUCAUUGUCUGGCAACUCAACGACUGCUGGCCUGUUACUUCGUGGUCUAUUGUCGAUUAUUUCCUACAACCAAAACCGGUUUAUUAUACCAUUGCGCGAGAGCUGAGACCCAUAAGCGUUGGGAUCCUGCGCUCAGUCACCAAGAAUAGAGAGACCGACCGCCCAAAACAGUUCUACGAGUUUGGCGCUUUCCAAACGAAAGAAGCAAAUAUCUCAAUAUGGAGCGCCAACUCCACCUUGAUCUCGCAGAAAUUGCGACUCGUAUUAUCAUUCCACGACCUUGCGUCGUCCUGGAUGGAAACACGUUCAAGCAUUGUCACUCUUCUUCCAAACCAAAGCACGGAGCUCUUAGUUGUUCACGUCCCAACUCCAGCCGCCGAUCCAGCGUCUGGAGCAUCGGUCGUGGCCUCCGCCAAGCUGGUGGAUGACGCCGGAAUCGUCGUUGCGCGAUAUGCCGAUUGGCCACAGCCCUUCAAACAUCUGAACCACCUUGGGAACACGGGCCUCAGAGUUGAAGUAUCCGGUGAACAAAUCCGAGUUAGCGCCAAAAAGCCGGUGAAAGGGGUAGUGCUAAGUGUCGCUGGAGACGCGGGGGAAGAUGUCAAAUGGAGUGAUAACGCGCUGGAUAUUGUACCUGGAGAUGACCAGACCAUUGUUGCAAAGGGGCUCGGCGGACGGGGUGUCGUGGCAGCAUGGUUGGGAAAUGAAAGAGCGAUGUCUGUGUAA